AUGAAGUUCCAUCUCUUGGCCAUGGCGGCCUCUCUCUUCACGGGCGAAACCCUAGCCCAAUUCGCAACAGCAGCAAUGAUGCGCUUCCAAUGUUCCCAACUCUCCAUCGAGCGUCUGGACCCUCUCGUCAACCCAGGGAUGUUACCCUCAACACACAUGCACCAAAUCGUCGGCGGCAACAGUUUCAACGCGACCAUGGCUCCCGGGGACUACGAUCCUGCGGCUAAAUCUACCUGCACGACGUGUUCCUUUAGCGAGGACUUCUCGAAUUACUGGACGGCUAAUGUGUACUUCCGCGCGAAGAAUGGCUCCUACAAGAGGGUGCCGCAGAUGGUGAAUCUGGGAUUGAAAGGACAGGGGGGUGUCACGGUUUAUUAUAUCCCGCCUUAUGAUGGACGGACGAAGGUUACUGCUUUUAAGCCUGGUUUCCGCAUGCUAGUAGGCGACGCCAACCUUCGCGCCAACCGGGGGAUGCAAAAGCAAAUCUGCCAUCGAUGUGAGCACAACAUCGAGCAGAGCCCCUUUGGCGGUGCGCCCUGCACGGGCGACGACACCGUCACUUUCCCGAAUAAGAUGUGUCCUGGUGGGAUUAGGACGACUAUUACUUUCCCUACCUGCUGGGACGGCAAAAACGUCGACUCCCCCGACCACAAAUCCCACGUCGCCUAUCCCUCCACGGGAACCUUCGAGUCCACGGGCCCUUGUCCAGCCAGCCACCCCGUCCGUCUCCCUCAACUCAUGUACGAAGUAAUGUGGGACACGCGGCAGUUCAACGACAAGGCCAUCUGGCCCGACAAGGGACAACCGCUUGUGUACUCGAUGGGUGACGGCACGGGGUACGGCCAACACGGCGACUACGUGUUUGGGUGGAAGGGAGACGCGCUCCAGAGGGCGCUGGAUGCGAGGUGCAGUGGUGAUCGGUGCUCGCAAUUGAAGACGCAGACGCCAGAGCAGGCGUUGGCUUGUUUCAAGAAGCAGACGGUGAAAGAGGAGACGGAGGGGUGGAUCUCGGAGCUGCCGGGUGGAAUGCAGGUUACUUAUCAGUAG